GUAUUUUGAUAUCGACAGCUAACAUUGUAUUACAGUAGUUUACAAAGUGAAAAUUACAAAAAUUAAGAAAUAUGUUGUUUGAGGAUCAGGGAAUGUAAAACUGGAAUUGAACAUGACGGAGGGAGGCUUGUUCACGUCUGCACAUUCAGUAAGAAACUAUAGAAAAGAGAAAACCAUGACCCGUUCUAGCAUAAAUAACACUGGAAUACGUCCAUCGCCCUAUCAGGAAGAAAAGGACAUCAGAGAGAACAAACUCAACCCUAAAGAUACGGUUCGAGUAGAGGUCUUACAGGAAAAAAUUAAAAUAGAUUCCAAAAACCACGAAAAGGAGAAAAGAAAGAUCACGUCCGAAAAGGACCAAACUAUAAAUCGUCUGGAAACGGAUAACGAAAACCUCAAAAUCGAGGUGGCCAUGAAGUCCGACAAAAUUAAGCAGUUGGAUAUUGCCAAUGAUAAGAAGGAGUUUAAACUUCAACAUAAAGAAAAUAUCAUCAAAGGGAUGCGCGAUGAAAACGAAAACCUCAAGCAGCGUGUUGAGGACCUUCAUCGGGAAAUAAAACACCUGGAAAGCGAAAGGGAAAAGAUUUCCGAAAAACAUAACCAGACAAUGUCGACGGUAGAGCAUCAAAGCGAAAGGAUAAAAGAAAUGGAAGAAAGAAUCACGGCACUGAAAACUGAGCUCGAUAAAGUAAAAUCAGAAAGAGAAAUCUAUGAAAAGAAAAUGAUGGAGAAAAUUACGAUGAUGGGAGAUAAAAUGGAAGCCCGUGAAAAAGAAGCAAGAUGUCGCGAGGAAGAACGGGAGAGGAAGAUGGAAAAAAGAGAAAAACAGAGAGAAGAGGAAGCGAAACGGAGAGAGCGACUACGGGAAGAAGAAUCCAUAAAACGAGAGAGAAAAAACAGUGAAGAGGCCAAGAAAAACAUGCAAAGGGUGGAGGAGAAAAUGGAGAUGAUUAUGAGUCAACUCGUUCGCAGCACAAAUUCAAUACAGCAAGAUAUCAAAUCAAAUGCUAGAGGUAUACCCAGAAAUGACAAUUUAGUAAUCACGGAAGCGAAACAUUUUCAGAUCCAAAACGACAACCAUUAUUACGGAGAGCACAAUCAUGUAAGACAGCCAGGCGCUGUCAACAGAGGGAGAAUACAACCACAAACUCGGUAUUCGUUUCCUGCGACUUCAUUGCAAAGCAGAAGAGGGAUAAACCCACGAAACCUGUACAGAUGAUGCUGUUUAUUAUAAUGAUGAAAUACAUUUCAAACCAGAAGGGGGAUAAACCAACGACAUCUGAACAGAUGAUGUUUUAUUAAAAUGUUUCUGUGUUUUGUUCUUUAUUUGUGUUGUGUUUCUUACAUAUGUGCAGUAUAUAAACACUAGAUUAAGUUACUAUGAACAUCUCUUCCAUAUAAUCUACGUUACGUUGCUGUAAAUAGAUUUCUUUUCGAAUACUUCCGUUAGCUUGAAAUUGCUCAACAUUUGCAUAUUGGGCCACAAAUUGAUAUACAGUGGUUUUAUCAAUUUUAAUUUGUUUCAAAUGUAGUCUUGCCAAAUAAAAAAAUGCUUUCUAAAAGAAAUCAAGAGAGCAAUUGGGUAAUUUC